UUUCUUCUUCUUUCUGUUCAUUCACUCAUCCAUUCAAAAAAUAAUUAAUUGAGCACAAGUCAAGAUGCCCGGUAGAAUAGCGAUGUCGAUUAUAACUGAUGCAGCUGCCCUGGUGGGACCUGGGAGUCAUUCUCUCCUGUUGGGACUGUGGGCAGGUCCCUCCAUAAUAAAGAUAAUAACAGCUGCUGUUUAUCGCGUGCAUCCUGAACCCCAGCUCCUGGAAGCUGAGUAUUCUGUGUACUCCUUACAUUUAACUUCUCUAAGAAAUAGUCUCUAUGAACACCCAUUUUACAGACGGAGGGAUCAAAGUCGUAGAAACCCAAAGCCAUUUACCCUAAGGACACCCAGCCAGCAAACACAGUAUCCAAGACGCCAACUCACGCCUGCUCUCCCUUUGAUCAGACCCUCCUGGGUGUCCAUUUUCCAGUGCUUAAGCUAGGGAUGAGAUGUGCUGAGCCUGACGAAGGUCGGCUUAACUGCCGGCCGAGCUGGGGUUAGAGGUCUGAAUGUGGUCAUUGGCUCGCGAGUGAGGAUGGCAUUCUGCUGCAUGCAGGAAGCUGUCAUUUUCUGCUGAGAUUCUCCAGGAACCCCACGGUCUCCGAUUUCAGUGGGGGUCUUGGUUCCCUCUGGGAAAACCGGAGGCCUGGUCUAGUUCGACCCUUAAGGACAGCUUCCGGGUUCUCUAAGGAGGCCCACCCUAUUUCUGGGUCUGCACUUCCUGCUUUAAUGAGGCUUGAGAGGCAUCUUUUUAAGACCGAGGAAGGGCCUGGAGUAGGGUGGGGAGAGGCUGUGCCUUCUCGUCUGAGGACUUUCCCCUGCCGUUAGGAGUCAGGUCAGCGGUUGGGUCAGACGCAGGCCCAGAAGGCGGGCAGGACCGGCAGAGGUUGUCCGUGUGUCUGGAGAGGAUGUUUGGAGGGACUAGCCAGGAGGAGCGGCGGCCGGGUUCAGGAGAGUGUAGCUGAUGUUGACCCUCCCCCUCCCCCUCUCUCACCUCCUCCCCUCCCCCAGCCAGUGCCAGGCUAGCAGCUCAGGCAGUGAACUCUACUUGCUUUAAUUACAGCCUCUAGCUAAAGGAAACCUCAAUUAGAGAACAGAUCUGUAGCAGAAGGGAGUCUGGCUGCUGGCCUUUUCCAAAAAGGGAAGAGGCUUUGGUUUUCCCACCUCAUAAUCUUGGUCCCCCAUAUUUCUUUCUCUAGUACGUACUUUGUGCCUUUUCCUCCCUGGCUUGGUGCAGGACUUGCUGUGUGACCUUGGGCAGGCAACUUCACCUCUCUGAGCCCAUUUGCUUUAGCUAUGCAGUGGGGAUGAGCCUGUGCAGGGAGCAUUGGGAUGAUAGAAGCCCAAGUGUCAGGCAUACAUUUGGAGUCUAAUAAAUGCAAGGCUGAUUGGUUGAGAAUCUGACCCGUGGACUCUGAUGUGCUGUGAUGUCUAGGGUGCUGUCCCCCUGGAGAGAGCAGGUGGAUGAUGCCAUGCUGAUGUUUGACAAAACUACCAACAGACACAGAGGGUUUGGGUUUGUCACGUUCGAGAGUGAGGACAUCGUAGAGAAAGUGUGUGAGAUCCACUUCCACGAAAUCAACAACAAAAUGGUGGAGUGCAAGAAAGCUCAGCCAAAGGAGGUGAUGUCCCCGACAGGCUCGGCCCGGGGCAGGUCUCGAGUCAUGCCCUACGGAAUGGACGCCUUCAUGCUGGGCAUCGGCAUGCUGGGUUACCCAGGUUUCCAAGCCACGACCUACGCCAGCCGGAGUUACACAGGCCUUGCCCCUGGCUACACCUACCAGUUCCCUGAAUUCCGUGUAGAGCGGACCCCUCUCCCGAGCGCCCCAGUCCUCCCCGAGCUUACAGCUAUUCCUCUCACCGCUUAUGGUCCGAUGGCGGCGGCGGCAGCGGCAGCGGCUGUAGUCCGAGGGACAGGCUCUCACCCCUGGACGAUGGCUCCUCCUCCAGGUUCCACUCCCAGCCGCACAGGGGGCUUCCUGGGGACCACGAGCCCCGGCCCCAUGGCUGAGCUCUACGGGGCGGCCAACCAGGACUCGGGGGUCAGCAGUUACAUCAGCGCCGCCAGCCCCGCCCCCAGCACUGGUUUCGGUCACAGUCUUGGGGGUCCCUUGAUUGCCACAGCCUUCACCAAUGGGUACCACUGAAGCAGGGGAGAGGUGGCAGGAGCGCCCCAGCCUGCAGCUGACUGAGGACCAGAGUGAGCCAGCAAGGGGAUGGGGACACCUCAGCAGCCCAGCCCCUCCGCUGCAACUCGGACCGACCGCUACUGCCUGUCCCCUAGCCCCUGGGCCCAGCCCCUGCUCUGCUGUCCCCACACAUCUGGUUCCCCUACUAACCUCCCCCUUUCUGACCUUACCCCCCGCCCCCACCCGCCUCUCCCUGUUCGCUUUUAUUUAUUUUGGAUUAACCGGUUGCCCCCCCCUCCCCGCCCCCGCCCCCACCAGAUUUCCCCUCUCGGGUCUGCCCCGUCCUUCCCUGCUGCCCCGUUUAGAACACCCCCAAGAAGGCUUUUGUAUUGUGGCUAGCUAGAGUGGGGACAGAGGGAGGCGGCUACAGGCUGCAGCCCCAACCCUGGUUUUUUUUAUUCUGGCUUUUCCCCCUUUUGCUCUUUACAUUUUUUUUUUUUUUUUUAAAGGAACUGUUUUUAAACUAUUUCUAGGUUUGUGAAUGUGAAGCCCCAGGCCGCAGGGGGCAAGGGGCCAGGUGCCCCCCCCCCCCAGCCGAGAACAAAGUGUCUAUGGGUGUGGUCUCCUGGCCACCUCCCUCCAGUCCUGGAGAGGAGGGCAGAGGGCAGGGCGGCGGGGAGGCCAGGCCGAGCCCCUGGAACCAUCCCGUCCUGUAUCAUAUGUAAAUACUGUGAGGUGAAGUCCUAUCCCCACCCACCCCUCUCUAAGGCCCCUCGGGGUGUGGGCAUUGCCUGACCCCACAGGGCAAAGGUCUCCCCUUCUCCCUUCCCUGUGCCCUCCUCCUCAGACUUACUGUAAGCUUGCAGACCUCAGCUCUGGCCACGGCAGGCCCACACUCUCAGGCCUCCAGGGUUCAAGGCCUUGGGCCUACUCUCCCCAAAAACCCAGUGUCGGGCAAGGGGCCAGGGAAGAGGAGGGCUGCCUAGAGCCCCCGCUGGAAAGGAAUUAGCUCUCCAAAGGUCCCCUGGCCGCUGCUUAGGCGGGACCCUCAUGGUUUCUGCUCUGAGCCCUCCACCGUGGGUGGGCAUCAGGGGCACUUCAGUAAAGAGUAGAUGCUAGGGAAAGCAAAGGGCUUCUCAGGGAACCCCCACAUUCUCACUGAAGUUUCCCACCAGGAUAGUCCCGCAACCAGAGCCCUUGGUAGCCCCCUCCCCUGGAACCCCUUUCAGAGGAAAGAGACAGGGUCAAGGGGUGAACAUGGAGUGAGACCUGGCUGGUGCCGCAGGGCUGAGGCCUUCCUGCUGUUAUCCCCUCUCUGUGUCCUUCCCCACCCAAGUCUGAGGCUGGGGGCUUAAGCUCCCUCCCCCAGCAGAGCCCCCAACCCUCAAAACCCCCUCCGGAGAGUUAAUUGUCCGUGUGAGGCGCUCACUCAACCUAUUAGCCCUGAGAACUCAAAGCAAUAAUCUUCGUCACCAAGAUGCGCGGCUGUUUUCGUUUUUUUUUUUGUUUUUGUUUUUGUUAAAUAUUUCCUAAUAAAAGAGAAGCUGCAUUUUA